GAUCUGAUAAUAGGGGGAGGAUGGUCAAAGUUUAAUUCUUUGUUAGGCGAGUGGCAUUGUCGGGGGACGGGUAUAUAAACAGCGCAGGAGCCCGGCUCGAGACACACACGCGCGGCAGAGCCUACAGGACACAUCGGCAGCAGCCCCGCCUGACAGCCAGCGCGUGCCCUCAGCACUUCAGCCCACGGAAGCAAACCCACUUUGAUACGCCAACAGUUUUCCGGUGAAAGACUCCACCAACUGCACAAGGCUCCACUUGGUUACGACGACUUUUUGUUCCCCGUACCAACCAAAGAUGUCGGACGGCGCCCUGUCCCCUCUUCCCCGCCAGGCAGACGACAUGGAGACCCACCCGGGGUCGCCCUACUCCUACUGCUCGACUGACUACCACUCGCUCAGCCCGCCGACGCUGUCCCCCUCCCCUAGCCUAGCGGAGGUCCGGUACACCGACUGCCUCCCGUCCACUCCCGAGUACCACCCCGAGGAUGUUAUGGACACCGACUCGGAGGAGAAGAAAGCAGGGCGGCAGCCGAGGGUGGCCCCCACACGCAAGACCGAAAACAACAAAGCCGAGAAGACGACGGCGGGCACCAAGCGCAAACGGUCCCACAAGUCGCGACAGAAACCUAAGAACCAGGAAGCGGUUGUACAGGUGAAGAAACAGCGUCGUCGCAAGGCCAACGAUCGGGAGAGAAACCGCAUGCACAACCUGAACGGCGCGCUAGACCAGCUCCGAGAGGUCCUACCGACGUUUCCCGACGACACGAAACUGACAAAGAUCGAGACGCUCCGCUUCGCGCACAACUACAUCUGGGCCCUGUCCGAAAUGUUGAAGGUAGCGGACGCCGGUGGAGACCCCACGGUACCAAUGCAGGCCAUGCCGGGCCUCUUCGGGCCGGGCGGCGGUCUCGAGAACAUGAACAUUGGCUGGGCGGGUGGGCCGUCCUGGACGCCCGAAGGACAAUGGAUCUCAGCCCCGCUCAGUGACCCCAGUACGACCCCGAACGGCUCAUUGUGUUCUGAACUCUCCGAAACCGACUCUUACACGUACCCGUCACCAUAAAGGCAUUAUGGCAGAGAAAGGAACUCUCUUGAACUAUAGCAAAUCGCCAUUCCAGUAACGUUUCUCACAAAGGGCGCCCAUGCCCCAGUGAUCAAGGUAAUUUUCCAUACAUAGAUGGUAGCAGAGAUUGUACCUACCGCUUUCAAAUGUGAUAUCCUAUCCACACUCAAAUGAAUGUUCCUGCAGUUAGAACUAUGAUAGCCAUCAUAAAAUGUUGUUUCAGAAUGAAUUCUUUGUAAAUCGAAUGACAGAAAACAAAUUGUAUGAAUUUUUGUAAGAAGACAAUAUUUUGGUAAGAUUUUCAGGGAGAUAGUUCAAGCGAAAUCUUGAAAUUUAAUCUGUAAAUAAUACUGUACCCCUUCUAGCUUUUGUAAGAUCCUUUGUGAAAAUAAUCUAUUUCUUACCAAUGAAAAGAAUGACCGCAUCGGGAUAGUAUAUAGGAGAUAGCUGCAAGCGACCAAUGCUGUCUAGAUCUGGCGAGCUUGCUCGCUUUGUUAUACCAUGUCUUUCUAUGUAAAAAAUCUAUCUGGUGAGAGAAAAACUCCAGAAUAAAUAUGAUUUUUAAUGAACGCUA